AUGACGUUCCCUCCCACGGGGACGAAUACAGUCGGUACCGUUGUAGUACUUGCCAACUCUCCGUCCACUCAACCAGCUGGUGUUACACCUGCGGUUCCCGGGCAGACUCAAGCUCCUGGCCAGACUGCCCCGCAACCGAGUAACGGUGGUGUCCCAUCCGGCUUUGCACCCGGAGCUCUAGGUGCUUUCACCACCAUUCAGUCUGGAUUCGGUGGUUCGCAACCGACUACUUUCACGGUUCCGCCGGCUGAUCCCAACAGUGUUGGCACUGUCGUCAUCCUUACCCCUACUAACACAGUUGCUCCUCAACUCACUCUCCCUCCCGGAGUGCCAUUCACGACGGUGACUGCUCCAUUCCCGGGGUCCUCUGCACUAACCCAGGUAUUGUUACCCACAGGUACUAACACUGUAGGAACCGUACUCGUCCAAGUCCCCUCUUCCCUUUUCACAGCUUUGCCAACGGGAGGCGGUGCUGCUGACCCUGGAGCCGACACCAACGCCCCCGGUCUUCCAAUCAUCAGUAUCCCGCCCAUUACCAUCGGUCUCCCAACCGUUAUAAUCGGCCCGGGUCUCGCCAUCACCGUGACUCAAGGGGGGCCAGUGCCUACCACCGUGACUUUCCCUCCCUCGGGGACCAACUCCGUGGGUAUUGUGCUCGUCCAAACACCGACUGUCGCCGAGACUGCCGCUCCAGGCGCUGGUGUCUUCACAACCCUCUUCGAGGGUUACUCUGGAACCGUCCCAAGAACCACGACUCUGCCGCCAACGGGAGCCAACACCCUUGGUAUUGUUUUGGUGCAGACGCCGACGGCCUUGGUCAACGUGCUCCAGACGACUACCGUUGGCUUCACCGGCUCGCUCCCCACUACUGUCACCGUGCAGCCCCCUGGAGGUGGCUCUGGUAUUGUGGUCGUCCAGACCCCUUUCCCCGACGCAGGCUCGCCUUCGACCUCGGCAAACGUUUUCACAACGCUGAACCAGGGUUUCACCGGAACCGCGCCUACUACCAUCACCCUCCAGCCCACGGGAAGCGAUACUGUUGGUACCGUCAUCGUCCAGACGCCCAUCUUCUCCGGGGGUGCAGCCGCGCCAACCACCACCGCUGCGCCCAAUGUCUUUGUCACAAUCACGACUGGAGGUCCCGUGGCCGCGACUUCUACGAUUCUGCCAACCGGCGCCAACUCCGCGGGCAUCGUCGUGAUCCAGACUCCCACAACGGGGCCAGCUGCCGCAGACCCCAGCGUUCCGAGCGGCUUCGUUCUCACGACAGCCGUUGGAACUGGCUCUGUGGCCACUACCGUCACCUAUCCACCAUCGGGAACCAACCCUGGCAGUGUCGUUGUUCAGCAGCCCGCUGCUACCCAACCACAGGUCCAAGUCCCGAGCGGCUUCGUUCUCACGACAGCCGUUGGAACUGGCUCUGUGGCCACUACUGUCACCUAUCCACCAUCGGGAACCAACCCUGGCAGUGUCGUUGUUCAGCAGCCCGCUGCUACCCAACCGCAAGUCCAAAUCCCUAGCGGCUUUACCGUGGCUACUACUGGAUACUCUGGCUCGGUGCCUACGACGGUAACAAUCUUCCCUACCGGCACUGAGACUGUCGGCACCGUCUUGAUUGAGACCCCGACUGGUUCUGCUGCUGGUGCUCUCCCCGCCCUCACCCGUACCGAGGGCUACGAUGGAAGCAUUACGCGUACGACUACCCUGGCGCCGACAGGAACUGAGACGGCUGGUGUUGUUCUCGUCCAGACGCCGACCGCGGGAGCUGGCCCACCUGGCGCAUUGCCCAACACAGUCGUUUUGACGAGUGGCUACGCCGGGUCGACGAUAUCUACCCUUACUCUCACGCCCUCAUCAGCUGGUGAUCCGGCAACUUUGGUUGUUCUCACACCCACUGCAGCCAACGCCGGUCCCACAACGUCGCCUAUCCAGUUUGUCACCUUGACGGCGGGCUAUCCCGGCCCUACCACCAACAUUGUGACCCUCCUGCCGAGCAGUGGAAACCCCCUGGGCACCAUUCUCAUCCAGACGCCUUUCUCUUCCGGCCAGAGCAACACCAUCUCGGCGACAUCUUUUGUCACCAACACCAUCCCAGGAUCGGUGCCCACUACCUUUACUGUUCCGCCGGCAAGCAACGAUCCCAAUGGCGUGGCGACGGUGAUUGUGCAAGAUCCUCCUGUUACCGUUGUCCCCGCUUCAUUCGUCACUCGUACGACGGGCUACUUCGGUUCCGGAGUGGCAACGACAACUCUAGCACCCGCAGUCAGCGGAGACCCCGCAACGGUCCUCAUCCAGACGCCCCUCCCUACUUCCGGUCUUUCGUUUGUUACUACUACUGUUGGUUACACGGGACUCGUGCCAACCACCACCACUAUCUUCCCUUCGGGAACAGAUACCGUUGGUGCGGUCAUUGUUCAGACCCCUCAGAGCACUGUCUCCCCUCAGCUGAGCUUCACGACUGUUGUCAGCACAUACGGUGGAUCUGUGACUUUGGCAUCGACGAUUCUGCCGUCUGGUACCAACACUGUUGGUACGGUCGUUCUGCAAGUUCCUCAGUCAAACAUCCCUUCGCCCACCAGUGCCCCGGCAGCCCCUGCUCUCUCCUUCAUCACGGUCUCAACUGGUUAUUCGGGGGUUGGAACCCAGACAACGACCGUCCUGCCAACAGGUACUAACAGCGUUGGUCUCGUUUUGAUCCAAACUCCUACGCAAGCUGGCGUCGCAGCGCCGUCAAUCACAGGCUACAUCACCGUCACCUCGCCGUACGCUGGCGUCGUUACCCGCACGACUACAUUGCCGCAGAGCGGAACUGAGGCUCUUGGUGUUGUCCUUGUCGAGGUCCCAACCCAAGCGGGCACCUCACCCGCCGAGACUCCCACGCCGAAUACCUCCAUCACUCAAUUCAUUACAGUUUCCCAGGGCUACAGCGGCGCAUCCACUCAGACCACGACUGUGUUGCCCACUGGCACGGACACAGUUGGCAUAGUCAUUAUCCAGACGCCCACGACAUCCGCUUCAACUACCCCUGCGCCCAGUGUCAGCUUUGUUACGACCACUUCGCUAUGGGACUCCACGGGAGCAAGCACAUCUACUGCCUUCCCUACAGGGACCCAGUCGGUCGGCACCGUCUUUGUGGCCCAGCCCAGAUACGUACGCUUUGCCACCAUGACAACCGGCUACUCAUCGACUGGUUUGUCCACGACUACCUCGCCCACGCUUAGCGGCACAGAGAUCAUUGGUAUGGUCAUCAUCUACACACCUUUCGAGACGGCGUCGGCUACUUCGACCCCUUCGGACUCUCUGUCCACCUCGGGAGCAACAACAACGCCCGCCUCAUCCGCAGCUUCGGCUACUUCGGCCCUCUCGAACUCUCUGCCUAUCUCGGGAGCAACAACAACGCCUGCCUCAUCCGCAGCGUUUGCAACUCUUAUCAGCACUUACACAGGAUCUACUCCUUCAACCACGACGAUUGCUCCUACCGGUCCCGGUGGCCAGGGUACCGUCGUCGUUCUCCUGCCAAGCUCGACGGCCGACCCCGCCGCAACUUCAAAUGCAAAUGCUGGAAAUGUUGGUUUUGCAACGCUCAUCAGCACCUACUCAGGCUCCGUGACCUUGACUUCAACCAUCCUUCCCUCGGGAACAAACACCCAGGGCACUCUUGUUGUCUUUGUCCCGAGCGGUUCUACAGACGCAGGGGUUCCAGCCGUGACCAGCGCGACAAACACUCCGCCUGUGGCAUUCGCGACUCUCACUUCCACCUACGGGGGCUCUGUUACCUCGUUCCAGACACUGCUGCCUUCCGGCACCGACUCAACUGGCACUCUCGUUGUCUUUGUCCCGAGCAACAUUCUUGCUUCCCCCGCUACCACCCCAAGUGCCGCCUUCGUCACGAUCACAUCGACCUACCCUGGAUCCGUCAUUUCAACAGCUAUCGCGUCUCCGGCAAACCCUGGAGACCCUGCAACUGUUGUGGUCUUGGUUCCGAGCAGCGUUGCUUCUCCCACUGUCGGCAACAACCUAUUCACAACGCUUGUAUCGACGUACUCUGGCUCCGUCCCAUUGACUAGCACAAUUGGCCCGGUCAACUCGAACGACCCAGCGACUGUCAUUGUACUGCUUCCGAGUGCUACCAGCACCGCAGCUGACGUGACGCCCACCGUUGGCGGUCUCAUCACCAGCUUCUACAGCGGCUUGGUGCCUUCGACAUCUGUAUUGCCUCCCGGGCCCUCCGGUGAGCCUGGAGCAACCAUCAUUUACCUACCCAGCGUUAGUGUGCCAACUGCGACCACCACAGCUCUGGCUGCUGGUCUCUACACGAGCACAUACGGUGGCUCCGUUACUUUGACGUCCGUCGUUCCAACUGGUCCUUCCGGCGAGCCUGGAUACACCGUCAUCUACGUUCCUAGCAACACGGCUGUCCCAACGGCAACAAACACUGCCUUGCCCGCUGGAUUGUUCACGAGCUUCUACGGUGGUUCAGUCACGUUUACCUCAACCUUGCCUGCUGGUUCAGCUGGCGAACCGGGUGCUACAAUCAUCUUUAUCCCUACCAACACUGGAGAGCCGUCUCCCACAGCCACCAAUGUGGGCGGUUUGUUCACGAGCUUCUACGGCGGCUCCGUCACUUCCACCUCCGUCGUACCAACAGGGCCCUUUGGCGGACCUGGUGCAACCAUUAUCUAUAUCCCAAGUACUACUGCUUCUCCGGCUUUGCCGAAUGUCUUGACCAGCACCUAUGGGGGCUCAGUCACGUUGACUUCUGUGAUCACCACCGGUUCCUUGGGCGAGCCUGGACAGACCAUUGUCUAUGUCCCAAGCUCUACGGCGGCCGCAGGCCUUCCCAACGUCCUUACAAGUACUUAUGGCGGUUCAGUUACCCUCACCACCACUCUACCUCCCGGGCCCUCAGGACAGCCUGGUGAUAUCGUUGUUUUGGUCCCGAGUGCUACUCAGAGUAUCACUCCCGCAGUAUCUACCGGGGGCUUGUUAACAAGUCUGUACGACGGAUCCGUCACCUUGACGUCGACACUGCCUCCUGGUCCUUCUGGAGAGCCUGGUGCGACGGUGAUAUAUUUGCCCAGUGUCACUGGAUCCCCAGCACUGCCCAAUGUUCCUACCUCUACGUACGACGGCUCAGUCACUCAGACAAGCACCAUUAUUGGACCUUCUGGUGAUAUUCAGACCAUUGUCCUGGUCCCCAGCUCAACAGCCUCAGCUGCUGCUGGGCUUCCCAACUUCCUUACCUCCACGUACGGUGGCUCGAUUACUCAGACGACUACUAUUAUCGGGCCUUCUGGCGAUGUUGAGACUGUUGUCCUGGUGCCAUCAUCGACCGCGCCUAGCCUACCUAACGUCUUCACAAGCACAUACAGUGGUUCGAUUACUCAGACCACCACUAUUGUUGGACCUUCUGGCGAUGUGGUCACAGUUGUUUUGGUCCCUAGUUCGACGGCCUCAGCCGGCGCUGGGCUUCCCAAUCUCUUAACAAGCACGUACGGUGGCUCGGUUACUCAGACGACUACUAUUAUUGGUCCUUCUGGUGUUGAGACCGUUGUCCUGGUCCCCAGUUCAACAGCUUCAGCUGGUGCCGGGCUUCCUAACUUCCUUACCUCUACGUACGGUGGCUCGAUCACUCAGACAACUACUAUUGCCGGGCCUUCUGGUGACAUCGAGACGAUAGUCCUGGUGCCAAGCUCAACAGCUGCGCCAGGCCUGCCUAACUUCUUGACAAGCACGUACGGUGGUUCGAUUAUUCAGACAACCACUAUUAUCGGACCUUCUGGUGAUGCGUUCACAGUUGUUUUGGUCCCCAGUUCGACGGCCUCAGCCGGCGCUGGGCUUCCCAAUCUCUUAACAAGCACGUACGGUGGCUCGGUUACUCAGACGACUACUAUUAUUGGUCCUUCUGGUGUUGAGACCGUUGUCCUGGUCCCCAGUUCAACAGCUUCAGCUGGUGCCGGGCUUCCUAACUUCCUUACCUCUACGUACGGUGGCUCGAUCACUCAGACAACUACUAUUGCCGGGCCUUCUGGUGACAUCGAGACGAUAGUCCUGGUGCCAAGCUCAACAGCUGCGCCAGGCCUGCCUAACUUCUUGACAAGCACGUACGGUGGUUCGAUUAUUCAGACAACCACUAUUAUCGGACCUUCUGGUGAUGCGUUCACAGUUGUUUUGGUCCCCAGUUCGACGGCCUCAGCCGGCGCUGGGCUUCCCAAUCUCUUUACAAGCACGUACAGUGGCUCGAUCACUCAGACAACUACUAUUGCCGGACCUUCAGGCAAUGUUGAGACCAUUGUCCUAGUGCCAAGCUCAACAGCUGCGCCAGGUCUACCCAACUUCCCUACCUCCACGUACGGUGGUUUGAUUACUCAGACGACCACUAUUAUCGGACCUUCUGGCGAUGUUGAGACCAUUGUCCUGGUGCCAAGCUCAACAGCUGCGCCAGGUCUGCCUAACUUCCCUACCUCCACGUACGGCGGUUCGAUCACUCAGACGACUACUGUUGUUGGACCUUCUGGUAACAUCGAGACGAUAGUCCUGGUCCCCAGCUCAACAGCUGGGCUUCCCAACUUCUUGACAAGUACGUACGGUGGUUCGAUUACUCAGACAACCACUAUUGUUGGUCCUUCUGGUGAUAUUGAGACCGUUGUCCUGGUUCCCAGCUCAACAGCUGCGCCAGGUCUGCCUAACUUCCCUACCUCCACGUACGGCGGUUCGAUCACCCAGACGACUACUGUUGUUGGACCUUCUGGUAACAUCGAGACCAUUGUCCUGGUGCCAAGCUCAACAGCUUCAGCUGGUGCCGGGCUUCCUAACUUCCUUACCUCUACGUAUGGUGGCUCGAUCACUCAAACGACCACUAUUAUCGGACCUUCAGGCAAUGUUGAGACCAUUGUCCUGGUCCCCAGCUCAACAGCCGGGCUUCCCAACUUUCUUACCUCCACUUACGGCGGUUCGAUCACUCAGACGACUACUGUUGUUGGACCUUCUGGUGACAUCGAGACCAUUGUCCUGGUGCCAAGCUCAACAGCUAGGCUUCCUAACUUCCUUACCUCCACGUACAGCGGUUCGAUUACUCAGACAACCAUAAUUAUUGGACCUUCUGGUGACAUUGAGACCAUUGUCCUGGUGCCAAGCUCAACAGCUGCGCCAGAUCUGCCCAACUUCCCUACCUCCACGUACAGUGGUUCGAUUACUCAGACGACCACUAUUAUCGGACCUUCUGGCGAUGUUGAGACCAUUGUCCUGGUGCCAAGCUCAACAGCUGCGCCAGGUCUACCCAACUUCCCUACCUCCACGUACGGUGGUUUGAUUACUCAGACGACCACUAUUAUCGGACCUUCUGGCGAUGUUGAGACCAUUGUCCUGGUGCCAAGCUCAACAGCUGCGCCAGGUCUACCUAAUAUUCUUACCUCCACGUACAGCGGCUCAGUCACUCAGACGACUACUAUUAUCGGUCCUUCUGGUGAUAUUCAGACCAUUGUCCUGAUCCCUAGUUCAACAGCCUCAGCUGCGCCAGGUCUACCCAACUUCCCUACUUCUACGUACAGUGGCUCGAUUACUCAAACGACUACUAUUAUCGGACCUUCUGGUAACAUCGAGACUAUAGUCCUGGUGCCAAGCUCAACAGCUGCGCCAGGUCUACCCAACUUCCCUACUUCUACGUACGGUGGCUCGAUUACUCAAACGACUACUAUUAUCGGGCCUUCAGGCGAUGUUGAGACUGUUGUCCUGGUGCCAUCAUCGACCGCGCCUAGCCUACCUAACGUCUUCACAAGCACAUACAGUGGUUCGAUUACUCAAACCACCACUAUUGUUGGACCUUCUGGCGAUGUGGUCACAGUUGUUUUGGUACCUAGUUCGACGGCUACAGCCGGCGCCGGGCUUCCCAACUUCCUUACUAGCACAUAUGGUGGUUCGAUCACUCAGACAACUACCAUUGUUGGGCCUUCUGGUGAUAUUCAGACCGUUGUCCUGGUGCCAUCAUCGACCGCGCCUAGCCUACCCAACUUCCCUACCUCUACGUAUAGUGGUUCGAUCACUCAGACAACCACUAUUGUUGGACCUUCUGGUAACAUCGAGACCAUUGUCCUGGUGCCAAGCUCAACAGCUUCAGCUGGUGCCGGGCUUCCUAACUUCCUUACCUCUACGUACGGUGGCUCAAUCACUCAGACGACUACUGUUGUUGGACCUUCUGGUGAUAUUGUCACAGUUGUUUUGGUACCCAGCUCGACGGCUACAGCCGGCGCCGGGCUUCCCAACUUCCUUACUACCACGUAUGGUGGUUCGAUCACUCAGACAACCACUAUUGUUGGGCCUUCUGGUGAUAUUCAGACCGUUGUCCUGGUGCCAUCAUCGACCGCGCCUAGCCUACCCAACUUCCCUACCUCUACGUAUAGUGGUUCGAUCACUCAGACAACCACUAUUGUUGGACCUUCUGGUAACAUCGAGACCAUUGUCCUGGUGCCAAGCUCAACAGCUUCAGCUGGUGCCGGGCUUCCUAACUUCCUUACCUCUACGUACGGUGGCUCAAUCACUCAGACGACUACUGUUGUUGGACCUUCUGGUGAUAUUGUCACAGUUGUUUUGGUACCCAGCUCGACGGCUACAGCCGGCGCCGGGCUUCCCAACUUCCUUACUACCACGUAUGGUGGUUCGAUCACUCAGAAAACCACUAUUGUUGGGCCUUCUGGUGAUAUUCAGACCGUUGUCCUGGUGCCAUCAUCGACCGCGCCUAGCCUACCCAACUUCCCUAUCUCUACGUAUAGUGGUUCGAUCACUCAGACAACCACUAUUGUUGGACCUUCUGGUAACAUCGAGACCAUUGUCCUGGUGCCAAGCUCAACAGCUUCAGCUGGUGCCGGGCUUCCUAACUUCCUUACCUCUACGUACGGUGGCUCGAUCACUCAGACGACUACUGUUGUUGGACCUUCUGGUGAUAUUGAGACCGUUGUCCUGGUUCCCAGCUCAACAGCUGCGCCAGGUCUGCCUAACUUCCCUACCUCCACGUACGGCGGUUCGAUCACUCAGACAACCACUAUUGUUGGACCUUCUGGUAACAUCGAGACCAUUGUCCUGGUGCCAAGCUCAACAGCUUCAGCUGGUGCCGGGCUUCCUAACUUCCUUACCUCUACGUAUAGUGGUUCGAUCACUCAGACGACUACUAUUGUCGGUUCUUCUGGCAAUGUUGAGACCAUUAUCCUGGUGCCAAGCUCAACAGCCUCAGCUGCGCCAGGCCUGCCUAACUUCUUGACAAGCACGUAUGGUGGUUCGAUCACUCAGACAACUACCAUUGUUGGGCCUUCUGGUGAUAUUCAGACCGUUGUCCUGGUGCCAUCAUCGACCGCGCCUAGCCUACCCAACUUCCCUACCUCCACGUACAGUGGUUCGAUUACUCAGACAACCACUAUUGCCGGACCUUCUGGCGAUGUUGAGACCAUUGUCCUGGUGCCAAGCUCAACAGCUGCGCCAGGCCUGCCUAACUUCUUGACAAGCACGUAUGGCGGUUCGAUUACUCAGACAACCACUAUUGCCGGACCUUCUGGCGAUGUUGUCACAGUUGUUUUGGUACCCAGCUCGACGGCUACAGCCGGCGCUGGGCUUCCCAACUUCCUUACUACCACGUAUGGUGGUUCGAUCACUCAGACAACUACCAUUGUUGGGCCUUCUGGUGAUAUUCAGACCGUUGUCCUGGUGCCAUCAUCGAUCGCGCCUAGCCUACCCAACGUCUUCACAAGCACCUAUGACGGCUCAGUGACUCUGACAACGACCCUCCCCAUCGGGCCUUCAGGCGAGUCAGGCGUUUUCGUGCUGGUACCCUCCAACUCUGCGAUCAACACAGCCUCCGGAACUAUCUCGUUCGCUACUACCACCAGUACCUACAACGGCUUGGUUCCUUCGGCGACCACUAUCUUCCCAACUGGAAGCGACACGGUUGGCACCAUCGUCAUCCUUGAACCAACAAGCAUCGCGUUGUCCAGUGUCACGGUCUCAUACACUACAAUCAUCAGUACCUACGCCGGAUCUCUGCUGGCGACGUCGACACAGGCGCCCGCUGGCACCGACACGGUUGGGACUGUCGUCUUGCUUGUGCCGAGCUCGAGCGUCUCCAUCCCCGGGGUCUCUUCAUAUACCACACUCACGAGCAUUUACACGGGCUCAACGCUCCUCAUCUCAACAGCCGCACCUUCAGGCACCGACACCGUUGGCACGAUCAUCUUUUUCGAGCCAGCUGUUACAGCUUCAUCUGAAUUGCCGUUCGUCACGCUCACAAGCACGUACGAUGGCUCCGUUGUUGCUACCUCGACUGUUGCUACCGGUUCGCCAGGCCAGACUGGUACUGUCGUGAUCCUUCAACCUAGUUCGGUCCUCAGCAUACCUUCAUCCGUCGAUGUCUCUGCAAUCUUUACCACAGUCACGACGACUUAUGGAGGCAGCAUUGUCCAAACCACAACCGCCUUCCCUACCGGAACUGAGAUUGGCACCGUCAUCGUCCAGGUUCCCAGCGCCCUUGCAGCUUCUUUGACUACCUUCACUUCGACAUAUGGUGGCAGCAUUACCCAGACUACGACCGUGUUUACUACUGGAUCAAAUGGCGAGCAGGUGGGCAAUGUCAUUAUCCAGGUCCCUAGCACUGCGGCAACCAGCUCGAACGGAAUCAGCUACACCACCAUCACCAGUGGCUACGCCGGUUCAGUCACGCAGACGACUACCAUCGUUGACCCUCUCGUGACUGACAAUGUCGGAACCGUUAUCGUACAAGUGCCAACUUCUGGGACAUCGUCUGGAGUUAUACCUGCUUCUUCCGAGAGCUUCACUCCCUUGCCGGCUAGCUUGACGACCGUUACGAGCGGAUACGCUGGCUCUGUUACUCGGACGACGACUGUUCCCCCUGAUCCAAGUGAUACCGCUAGCAUCGGUACCGUUAUUGUCCAGGUCCCCGAAUCAGCGACGCAGAGUAACAGCCUGAUACCGACACCAACUGAAGCAACGGGCCCGGCAAGCCGAUCAUACACCACUAUUUUUAGCACUGGCACCGGACUUGUCGCUGCCACAACAACGAUUGAGCCAUCAAGUGGUGACCCCAACAAUGUUGGCACUGUCAUUGUGAAUCUCCCCAACGUACUGGCCACAUCGGGCCCGACGAGCAGCGUUAGCAUCGUCUACACCACUCUCGUCAGCUUCUACUCUGGUUCAAUCCCAGCGACGACUACGUUUAGCCCUGCAGCCGGAGAUAGCAUUGGCACUGUUGUCAUUCAAGUUCCUCUCACUACCUCGAAUACUCUGGCUUCAUCUGGCGGUGCUCUUGCUGCUUCCUACACCACAAUAUUCAGCAACUACCCGGGAUCAGUAACUUUGACAAGCACCAUUCCUCCCGCGGCGACUGACCCAUCCGGACUUGGUACCGUCCUCAUCCAAGUUCCUAGCAACGUUAUCGCCCCAUCUAUCUCGUACGUGACAAUUACGAGCGGUGCUUACACCGGCCUGGGUCCUGCGACGACCACGAUCCCGCCCCUCAACAGCGGAGACCCUGGCACUGUCGUCGUCCAAGUGCCCGAUCCCACUCUAGCCAGCGGCAUCUUGUACACAACCGUCACAAGCGGCUACGACGGUUCAGUUACCCUUACCUCGAGCCUUCCGCUGGCCACCAUUGGCGGAUCUCCUGUGCAGACGGUGGUCGUACAAGUUCCUUCAGCCUCUGUUGCCAAUGGAGUCCUGUUCACUACCGUCACCAGUGGCUACGCUGGAUCCAUCACCCAGACUACCAGUCUACCCCUGGGCACUGUUAAUGGCUCUCCGGUACAAACAGUUGUCGUUCAGAUCCCAAGCGUCACGAGCGCUCUGGGUGCCCAGUACACAACUCUAACAAGUGGCUAUGCCGGCUCAGUUGUCGCAACCCAGACCGGUAUUCUCACCGGCACCGAUGGUUUUAUUACCGUCAUCGUCUUGUCACCAACCGCUACUUCUCUUCCAGUUGCCACGGAAAGCUCUGGGCGCUUCACAACUCUCAUCUCUGGGUACGACGGUUCUGUAGCCGUGACAUCUACGGGCUCAGUCACUGGAGCUGAUGGCCUCGUUACUGUGGUUGUUCAGACUCCGACCGCAACUCUUCUGCCUGGUCUUUCCUACACUACUGUGACCAGCGGAUAUGGUGGUUCUGUACUCCAGACUCUCAUCGGAACUGCAACUGGUCCGGACGGUCUGGCUACAGUUGUGAUCCAGACCCCCACUGCGGGCGUAACAUUGCCUUCGACCACGCUGCCUGGCGUCUCAUAUACCACAGUCACAAGCGGUUACGGCGGCUCUGUACUCCAGACGCUCAUCGGAACUGCAACUGGUCCGGACGGUCUGGCUACAGUUGUGAUCCAGACCCCCACUGCGGGCGUAACAUUGCCUUCGACCACGCUGCCUGGCGUCUCAUAUACCACAGUCACAAGCGGUUACGGCGGCUCUGUACUCCAGACGCUCAUCGGAACUGCAACUGGUCCGGACGGUCUGGCUACAGUUGUGAUCCAGACCCCCACUGCGGGCGUAACAUUGCCUUCGACCACGCUGCCUGGCGUCUCAUAUACCACAGUCACAAGCGGUUACGGCGGCUCUGUGCUCCAGACUCUAAUUGGCACGGCUACUGGAGCGGACGGCCUUGCAACCGUCGUGAUCCAGGUACCAACUCUCUCGGCCACGUCUAGCCCGCCCGUCUUUGCGCCGGUAUCCUACACAACCGUCACCAGCGGAUAUGGUGGAUCGUUCCUACAAACAAUCGUCGGUACUGCUACUGGAGCCGAUGGACUCGCCACAGUUAUUGUGCAAGUCCCAACUGGCUCAGCUACCAUUAUACCCUCGCCGUCCACCACGGUCCCCGGUCUCUCAUACACGACUGUCACGAGCGGCUACGAUGGAACCUUCCUUCAAACUCUUGUUGGAACCGCGACUGGCCCAGACGGAUUAGCCACAGUGGUCAUCCAAGUCCCUACUUCAACAGCUGUUCCUACGACCUCGGUCACCCAGGCCUUCGUCUCAUACAUCACAGUCACCACCGGCUACGAUGGCUCAGUUACCCUGUCGCAAACAGUGGCGCCAGCUGCUUCUGGGCUCCCGGGAACCAUCUUUGUUCAGAUCCCGACGAAUGCUGCUUCGGCCACGCCUUCGAUCAGCGUCUUCGAUGGCACCUCGUACACAACCAUUACCACUUUCAUCACGGCGUCCACCACUCAAAUCUCAACGAUCGCUCCGUCUCGAACUGGUGAUGUCGUGACCGUGCUGGUUGGUGCUCCCCGCAUAAUAAGGGUUGCCACAACUACCGUCCGCGGUCUCUCAGCUACGGCCACCUCUACGAUGCCUAUCGGCCCUGAUGGCGUUCAGACCAUUAUGAUUCAAGUUCCCGAGGUCCUCGCAUCUUCGCCAACAGGCGCCAGCGGCAUCACGACCGUUUUCAGCACGUACGGCGGCUCUGUCACUCUCAUCUCAACUGGCAGCCCAGCUCAGCCCGGUGAUCAGACCACUGUUUUCGUUCAGCUCCCUGGCGUUCUUGCCGAGAUCACAACUACGCGCUUCGGUGCACCUUCUGCGGGCACCACCACGAUCCCUCCCGCGAGCGCCGGGUUGCCGGCGACGGUUGUUGUCGAUGUUCCUGGCGUUUUCUCGACCGUCACAAGCGGAUACUCCGGUCUUGUUCCGGCGACCACGACCAUCUUGCCUACGGACCCCAACGGCGUCGGCCUGGUUAUUAUUCAGACCCCGACCACCACUGUCUUGCCAUCCGGCGCUCUCUCUACAGUCUUCACGACCGCCGCGGGCACGGGAUCCAUUCCGACCACCACGACGGUUACUGGUGCCGAUGGCGUUGUUUCCGUCAUCGUUCAGACCCCGACAACAGGUGCCUUUUCUUCCACUGUCUUCACGACUGUGCCAGGUACCGGCGUCUUGCCAACCUCCACCACGGUCACUGGCGCAGAUGGAGUCGUUUCUGUCAUCAUCGAGACCCCCACCGCUGGCAGUCCCGGCAGCACCGUCUUCACCACGGCCCCUGGCACCGGGCUUCUGCCUCAGACAACAACGGUCACUGGGCCCGAUGGCGUGGUCUCCGUCAUUCUGCAGACACCGACUUCGGCUACCGGAGCUCCGACUACGGUAUUCACAACAGCCCCUGGGACCGCCGCUACGCCCGCAACCACAACAGUCACUGGCUCAGAUGGCGUGGUUUCGGUCAUCUUCCUCGACCCGACAACGUCCGGCUCGAGCCCCGUUGCACCCACCACUGUCUUCACCACCAUCGCCGGCACCGGAGCCGCUCCAAUUACUGCCACGACCCGCGGAACCGAUGGAGUUGUCUCCGUCAUCAUUCAGUUGCCCACUUCGACCCUGCCUCCGGGAGUUACCCCUUCCACUGUCUUCACUACGGUCUCCGGCACCGGAGCCCUUCCGGCAACUGCCAUCACCACGGGGCCCGACGGAGUGGUGUCGGUCAUUGUGUCAGAGCCCACCUCAAGCCUUGUUGCGGGUUCUUUCACCACCAUCACUACAGGUGGACCGGUCGCCGCAACAAGCACAAUCUUGCCCGCCAUCAUCGGCGGAGUCGGCACUGUCAUCGUACAGACGCCGACACUUUCAGCGAGUCCCGGCGCUUUCGUUACCGUCACCUCUGGUGGUCCGGUCGCUUCAACCUUCACCCUCCCAGCGGCUGACUCUACCGGUGUCCGAACGGUCGUCAUUCAGACUCCUACCUCAAGCCUCAGUGUGGAACCUGCUUUCACAACAAUCACCGUCACAGGUUCCGCUGCGACUACGUUCUCAGUCCCUGCGGUUGGCUCAGGCGUGGGUACUGUUAUUGUGCAAAUCACGGCGCCAACCAGCACAUCCGCAUCGGCGCCUUCGCUCGCGUACACGACGGUCACCUCUAUCGGAAGCCCCACAACCUUCACCGUGCAGCCGGCAUCUCUCGGGGGCCUCGGCACCGUGGUGAUCCAGGUACCCUCAACCACCCCCUCACCUUCGUCAGCCUUCAGUCGCGGUCUUACUACGGUUACAUCCCCAUACAUUGGAACUACUCGCUUCACAACGACUGUCGGAGUCAGUAUCAGCGGAGAUCCAUCUCUGCCCGACACAGUCAUCAUUUUCGUGCCUCUCACGGAGACCAGUGCUACGACCACGCCUACCAGCAGCACCUCGUACGUUACUGUGACCACUGGCGUACCCGGCACAUUCACUGGCACACAGACGACAACGAUGCCUGUCGGACCUGAUGGAAUGGCGACAGUCUUUGAGCAGACUGCUGAUCCUACUGCCGCCGCCUCUAGUGCCACUACCCCUGCCUCGUAUACGACUAUCGUGACUGGAAUUGUCGGAACCUUCGCUGGUUCUCGGACGACCACUCUGCCAGCAGGGCCCGAUGGCUUGGCGACUGUCUUUGUUCAAACUGCCAUUCCUUCUGGGGGCAUCUCGUUCACAACCAUCUUCUCAGGAGUGCCCGGUACCUUUGUCGGAACCCAAGCAACGACUUUACCUGUUGGCACUGAUGGCAUCGCAACUGUCAUCUUCCAGACUGCAUUGCCAACCGCCAGCCCAGUGUCCUACACCACGAUCUUCUCUGGAAUUCCUGGAACUUUCGUCGGUCCUCAGACCACUACAUUGCCGGCGGGUCCUGACGGGCUUGCCACAGUUGUUAUCCAGAGCGCUUUGCCCACAGCGGGAGUUUCUUACACAACUGUAUUCUCUGGGGUUCCUGGAACUUUCGUCGGGCUUCAGACGACGACUCUGCCGGCGGGCCCUAACGGUCUUGCCACAGUUGUUAUCCAAAGUGCUUUGCCAACCACAAGUCCAGUGUCCUACACCACAAUCUUCUCAGGAGUGCCCGGCACCUUUACCGGAACCCAAGCAACGACUUUGCCUGCUGGAAAUGAUGGUAUCGCAACCGUCAUCUUCCAGACUGCAUUGCCAACCGCCAGUCCAGUUUCGUAUACUACAGUCUUUUCAGGAGUCCCUGGAACUUUCGUGGGGCUCCAAACAACAACAUUGCCAGCUGGCCCCAACGGCCUUGCUACAGUGGUUAUCCAAAGCGCUCUGCCAACCGCAAGCCCAGCCUCGUAUACCACGAUCUUCUCAGGAGUCCCUGGGACUUUCGUGGGGCUCCAAACAACAACAUUGCCAGCUGGCCCCAACGGCCUUGCUACAGUGGUUAUCCAAAGCGCUCUGCCAACCGCAAGCCCAGCCUCGUAUACCACGAUCUUCUCAGGAGUCCCUGGGACUUUCGUGGGGCUCCAAACAACAACAUUGCCAGCUGGCCCCAACGGCCUUGCUACAGUGGUUAUCCAAAGCGCUCUGCCAACCGCAAGCCCAGCCUCGUAUACCACGAUCUUCUCAGGAGUCCCUGGGACUUUCGUGGGGCUCCAAACAACGACGUUGCCUGCUGGCCCCAACGGACUGGUUACUGUGGUUGUCCAAAGCGCAAUACCGACGUCCAGUGCUUCGUACACGACGAUCCUCACGGGUGUUCCUGGAACCUUCUUAGGGCUGCAAACCAGCACUCUUCCAGUUGGACCAGAUGGAAUCGCAACCGUGUUAAUCCAAAGUGCCCUCCCUACUGCCAGUCCUACAUCUUAUACUACCGUAUUCAGUGGCAUCCCUGGCACUUUCAUUGGAGCUCAAACAAGCACUCUUCCAGCCGGAAGCAAUGGCAUUGCUACGGUAGUGAUUCAAACCGCACUGCCAACUGCAAGCCCAACAUCAUUUACGACCUUGCUCACUGGUAUCCCUGGCACCUUCGUUGGCCCUCAGACGACGACCUUGCCAGCUGGACCUAACGGCAUCGCUACCGUGCUCAUCCAGACUGCUCUGCCAACUGCAAGCCCAACAUCAUUUACGACCUUGCUCACUGGUAUCCCUGGCACCUUCGUUGGCCCUCAGACGACGACCUUGCCAGCUGGACCUAACGGCAUCGCUACCGUGCUCAUCCAGACUGCUCUGCCAACUGCAAGCCCAACGUCGUACACGACCUUGCUCACUGGUAUCCCUGGCACCUUCGUUGGCCCUCAGACGACGACCUUGCCAGCUGGACCUAACGGCAUCGCUACCGUGCUUAUCCAGACCGCACUGCCCACUGCAAGCCCAACGUCGUACACUACUCUUUUCAGCGGCAUCCCUGGCACCUUCACCGGAUCUCAAGUCACGACCUUGCCUGCUGGAACCAACGGAAUCGCAACAGUCGUCAUCCAAACUGCUUUGCUCACUUCCAACUCUGUGUCCUACACUACAGUUUUCAGUGGUAUUCCCGGCACGUUCCUUGGCAACCAGAUCACAACUCUUCCGGCUGGCGCUGAUGGUCUCGCGACAGUUGUUAUCCAGACUGCCUUACCAACUGCAAGCCCGACUUCGUUUACCACUCUGAUUACCGGUAUUCCUGGCACCUUCGCUGGGGCUCAGACCACCACUCUUCCAGCCGGAAGCAAUGGUAUCGCCACUGUUCUCAUUCAAACUGCUCUCACCACGGCAAACCCGAUUUCGUAUACCACGUUGUUCACAGGGGUCCCAGGUACUUUCCUUGGGUCACAGACCUCAACGUUGCCUGCCGGUAUUGAUGGAAUCGCAACUGUCGUUGUCCAGACUGCACUCCCGACCUCGAGUCCUGUGUCGUAUACAACUGUGCUUACCGGCAUCCCGGGCACAUUCUUGGGCUCGCAGACAACCACGCUACCGGCUGGUGCAGAUGGCUUGGCAACAGUUCUUAUUCAGACCGCCCUCCCUACGGCAAGCCCCAUCUCAUAUGUCACAAUUCUCACCGGCGUGCUUGGAACUUUCUCUGGCACACAAGCUACAACACGUCCAGCAGGAACCGACGGCAUUGCCACUGUCAUCUUCCAGACGGCUGUUCCAACGCCGACUUCGAACAGCGCUGGUGUCACCUAUACCACGAUCUUGACUGGAGUCAUUGGCACCUUUACCGGCACUCAGACGACUACUCUGCCCAUUGUCACCGGAACCGUCGGAACUGUGCUCUUGGAGACUGCUUUGGCCUCACCAAGCCCUGCUGUCUCUUACGUGACAAUCUUGACUGGUAUCCCGGGAACUUUCGUCGGCACACAAGCGACUACGCUCCCGAUUAGCACCGGCACCAUUGGUACGGUUCUCUUGCAGACGGCCAUCCCUACUGCAACUCCCAUCAGCAGUGUCGGUAUCACAUACAUCACCAUCGUCACUGGUGUCUUUGGUACCUUCACUGGAACUCAAACAAGCACUUUGCCCAUCCCGUCCAUUCCAGGAUCCGGUUUUGGCAUCACGGCCACGGUCCUUCUACAGACUGCAAUUCCCACAACGAGCGCCGUUUCAUACACUACGAUUGUUUCUGGUGUUGUUGGAACCUUUACUGGGACGCAGACCACCACCCUCCCAGGUAUUGGGCCCAACGGCUUGGCCACUGUGGUACUCGAGACCGCCCUCCCAGUGGCUGCUUCAUACACAACCUUGGUUACCGGCGUGCCGGGCACUUUCAUCGGCACCCAGACGACGACUUUGGCAGGCACUGGAGCUAAUGGCCUCGGCACAGUCCUUUUGCAGACCGCGCUUCCCACAACCACGGCCGCAUCUUAUACUACCGUCAUCAGUGGCAUUGUGGGCACCUUUACUGGUACUCAAACUACGACCUUGCCUGGUAUCGGCAUCGAUGGUCUCGGCACCGUCGUCCUACAGACAGCCAUCCCUACGACGAGUGCGGCCUCCUACACGACAGUCUUCAGCGGUAUCGUCGGCACCUUCACCGGAACGCAGACAACGACUUUGCCUGGCAUUGGUGCCAACGGUCUUGGCACCGUGGUCUUGCAGACGGCGCUGCCAGCAGCUACCUCCUACACAACUGUUUUCAGCGGUAUCGUCGGCACCUUCACUGGAACUCAAACUACAACUUUGCCUGGCAUUGGUGCCAACGGCCUUGGCACCGUCGUUCUGCAAACCCCUAUCCCGACGACGAGCCUGUCUUUCACAACUCAGAUCACUGGCAUUGCUGGGGAUUUUACCGGCACUCAGACGACCACUCUGCCCGUCGUUGGCCCUGGCAACGUGGCUACCGUUCUUCUCCAAACGGCUCUCCCUGUUGUUUCCUACACGACACUCUUGACUGGAGUUCCUGGAUCUUUCACCGGCACACAGACAUCCACCUUACCCAUCGUUGGAAGUGGCGGAGUGGCUACCGUUCUUCUCCAGACGGCUCUCCCUGUUGUUUCCUACACGACAAUCUUGACUGGCAUUCCUGGCAACUUCAUCGGAACUUUGGCGUCCACAUUGCCGAUCAUCGGCACCGGCAAUGUGGCCACUGUUCUGCUUCAGACGGCUCUACCGUCUGCUACCAGUUUAUCGUCGACCUCAUCCGUUAUUGUGAUCAACACCUCCUACGUGACCAUCGUCACCGGAGUGUUCGGCAAUUUCGCGGGCACCCAGACGACCACUCUGCCGGCUGCCGCCACCAAUCCGGGGCUUGUUACUGUGGUUCUACAAACGGCUAUUCCAAGCCCUGGGACGACAUCGUACACAACGUUCCUCACUGGUAUCAAUGGAACCAGCUUCGCCGGCACGAGGACAACUACCCUUCCCGUUGUUGGUACGAUUGGCACCGUCCUCUUGGAGACGGCCAUUCUCGACGCUCCGGUCACCUCUUAUAUUACAAUCCCAACCGGUAUUCUCGGUGCUACGUUCCUCGGUACCCAGCUGUCGACUCUGCCAGUUACGGGAACCAUCGGUACCGUGCUACAGCAGACUGCCAUUCCCAACCCCGUUACAUCGUACAUCACAAUCCCAACUGGUGUUCUCGGUGCUACGUUCCUCGGUACCCAGCUGUCGACUCUGCCAGUUACGGGAACCAUCGGUACCGUGCUACAGCAGACUGCCAUUCCCAACCCCGUUACAUCGUACAUCACAAUCCCAACUGGUGUUCUUGGUGCUACGUUCCUCGGUACCCAGCUGUCGACUCUGCCGGUCACAGGCACCAUUGGAACCGUCUUGCAGCAGACUGCCAUUCCCAACCCCGUUACAUCGUACAUCACAAUCCCAACUGGUGUUCUUGGUGCUACGUUCCUCGGUACCCAGCUGUCGACUCUGCCGGUCACAGGCACCAUUGGAACCGUCUUGCAGCAGACUGCCAUUCCCAACCCCGUUACAUCGUACAUCACAAUCCCAACUGGUGUUCUUGGUGCUACGUUCCUCGGUACCCAGCUGUCGACUCUGCCGGUCACAGGCACCAUUGGAACCGUCUUGCAGCAGACUGCCAUUCCCAACCCCGUUACAUCGUACAUCACAAUCCCAACUGGUGUUCUCGGUGCUACGUUCCUCGGUACCCAGCUGUCGACUCUGCCGGUCACAGGCACCAUUGGAACCGUCUUGCAGCAGACUGCCAUUCCUAACCCCGUUACAUCGUACAUCACAAUCCCAACUGGUGUUCUUGGUGCUACGUUCCUCGGUACCCAGCUGUCGACUCUGCCGGUCACAGGCACCAUUGGAACCGUCUUGCAGCAGACUGCCAUUCCCAACCCCGUUACAUCGUACAUCACAAUCCCAACUGGUGUUCUUGGUGCUACGUUCCUUGGUACCCAGCUGUCGACUCUGCCAGUUACGGGAACCAUCGGUACCGUGCUACAGCAGACUGCCAUUCCCAACCCUGUCACCUCCUACACAACUGUUUUCAGCGGAGUCCAGGGCGCAACCUUCCUCGGAAGUCAGAUUUCAACUCUCCCUGUUACUGGCACGAUCGGAACUAUUCUCGUGCAGACCGCUAUUCCAGACCCAGUUACCUUGUACACUACUAUCCUCACUGGCGUCAGCGACGUCUUUGCCGGAACUCGGGCAACCACACUACCGGUCUCCGGCACCAUCGGAACCGUACUUUUGCAGACUGCUCUGCCAGUGCAACCUGUCACUUCGUACACCACUCUCCUCACCGGUAUCCAGGGAACUUUCAUUGGUCUGCAGACUACAACUUUGCCGGUCUCUGGCACGCUCGGUACCGUCCUGGUUCAGUCCGCCCUGCCAGCAGUUACAUCGUACACCACGGUCUUCAGUGGCAUCGCCGGUACGUUCCUGGGUGCGCAGACAACAACUCUUCCUGCCACCGGUACACUCGCAACUGUCGUCAUCCAGACCGCCCUGCCGGUCCAGCCUGUCACGUCUUACACUACUAUAAUCACCGGCAUCGAAGGAACCUUCGCCGGUCUGCAGACUACUACUCCGCCAUUUACCGGCAAUCUUGGCACCGUCCUCGUUCAGUCGGCCUUGCCUCUCGUCACAUCCUACACAACAGUCUUCAGCGGCGUUGCUGGUCUUGCUGGACCGGUCACAAGCACCCUCCCAGGAUCUGGAAAUCUUGCGACCGUCCUCAUCCAGACCGCCCUUCCCGUCGUUACCUCUUAUACUACGGUAUUCAGCGGCGUCCCAGGUCUCGUCAGUCCCCUAACAAGCACGCUGCCAGCAUCUGGCAGCCUCGCAACCGUUGUUAUCCAGACUGCUCUCCCUGUUGUUACCUCCUACACCACAGUCUUCAGCUUCAGCGGCGUCCCAGGUCUUGUUGGUCCCCUCACAAGCACGCUGCCAGCAUCUGGCAACCUUGCCACUGUCCUCAUUCAGACUGCUUUGCCUGUUGUUACCUCGUAUACUACGGUAUUCAGCGGUGUCAAUGGUCUGGCCGGCCCUCUUACCUCUACACUACCAGCUACUGGCACUAUUGCAACUGUUGUUAUCCAGACUGCUCUCCCUGUUGUUACCUCCUACACCACAGUCUUCAGCGGCGUCCCUGGCCUCGUCAGUCCCCUAACAAGCACGCUGCCAGCAUCUGGCAACCUCGCAACCGUUGUAAUCCAGACCGCCCUUCCCGUCGUUACCUCGUAUACUACGGUAUUCAGCGGCGUCCCAGGUCUUGUUGGUCCCCUCACAAGCACGCUGCCAGCAUCUGGCAACCUUGCCACUGUCCUCAUUCAGACUGCUUUGCCUGUUGUUACCUCGUAUACUACGGUAUUCAGCGGUGUCAAUGGUCUGGCCGGCCCUCUUACCUCUACACUACCAGCUACUGGCACUAUUGCAACUGUUGUUAUCCAGACUGCUCUCCCUGUUGUUACCUCCUACACCACGGUCUUCAGCGGCGUCCCUGGCCUCGUCAGUCCCCUAACAAGCACGCUGCCAGCAUCUGGCAACCUUGCCACUGUCCUCAUUCAGACUGCUUUGCCUGUUGUUACCUCGUAUACUACGGUAUUCAGCGGUGUCAAUGGUCUGGCCGGCCCUCUUACCUCUACACUACCAGCUACUGGCACUAUUGCAACUGUUGUUAUCCAGACUGCUCUCCCUGUUGUUACCUCCUACACCACAGUCUUCAGCGGCGUCCCUGGCCUCGUCAGUCCCCUAACAAGCACGCUGCCAGCAUCUGGCAACCUCGCAACCGUUGUAAUCCAGACCGCCCUUCCCGUCGUUACCUCGUAUACUACGGUAUUCAGCGGCGUUGCUGGUCUGGCUGGACCGGUCACAAGCACCCUUCCAGGAUCCGGAAACCUUGCGACAGUCCUCAUCCAGACCGCCCUUCCCGUCGUUACCUCGUAUACUACAAUCUUCAGCGGCGUUGCUGAUCUGGCUGGACCGGUCACAAGCACUCUGCCGGCAUCUGGCAAUGUUGCGACCGUCCUCAUCCAGACAGCUUUGCCUGCUGUUACCUCGUAUACUACGGUCUUCAGUGGGGUUCCUAGUCUGAUUAGACCCAUUACAAGCACGCUGCCAGCAUCUGGGAACCUUGUCACUGUUUUCAUCCAGACGCCCCUUCCCGUCGUUACCUCGUAUACUACAAUCUUCAGCGGCGUUGCUGAUCUGGCUGGACCGGUCACAAGCACUCUGCCGGCAUCUGGCAAUGUUGCGACCGUCCUCAUCCAGACAGCUUUGCCUGCUGUUACCUCGUAUACUACGGUCUUCAGUGGGGUUCCUAGUCUGAUUAGACCCAUUACAAGCACGCUGCCAGCAUCUGGGAACCUUGUCACUGUUUUCAUCCAGACGCCCCUUCCCGUCGUUACCUCGUAUACUACAGUCUUCAGCGGCGUUGCUGGUCUGGCUGGCCCUGUCACAAGUACCCUUCCAGGAUCUGGGAACCUCGCAACCGUUAUUAUCCAGACUGCUCUCCCUAUUGUUACGUCCUAUACCACGGUUUUCAGCGGUGUCCCAGGUCUGCUUGGUCCCCUCACAAGCACGCUGCCAGCAUCUGGGAGCAUCGCAACCGUCGUCAUUCAGACUGCUUUGCCUGUUCUGCCGGUCACUUCGUACGUCACUCAGACUACAGGAGUCGUCGGCACUUUCACCGGCACGUCGACAACUACCCUGCCUGCCAUUGGCACCGUCGGCACUGUUCUGUUGCAGACAGCCGUUCCUCCCGUUUCCACCGGAUACACGACGGUUGUCUCAGGAGUCGCCGGCACCUUUACCGGCACCCGAACGUCAACACUGCCAGUCAGCGGGACAGUCGGUACCGUGGUGCUCCAGACAGCCAUCCCACCCUUAUCAACUGGCUUCACUACCAUCUUUUCCGGUGUUCCCGGUACAUUCGCCGGUACGCAGACUACGACGCUUCCAAUUACUGGUACUCUGGGUACAGUUGUUCUCCAAACAGCUCUUCCGCCAGUCACUUCGUAUACAACGAUUGUUACGGGCGUCUUCGGAACCUUCCUCGGCACUCAGACCUCGACUGUGCCGGCAACCGGUACUAUUGGUACCGUUUUAUUGCAGACGGCAAUCCCGGUCUCGUACACGACGCUCCUCACCGGUAUCCCGGGCAGUUUCAUCGGCACUCAGACAUCGACUAUUUCCGCAGUGGGAGGUCUUGGCACCGUCCUCCUACAAACGGCUCUACCCACUGGAUACACCACCGUUGUCAGCGGAAUCGCCGGAACCUUUACGGGAACGCAGACGUCGACGUUGCCGGCUACUGGCGGAGGCCUCGGCACCGUCCUUCUCCAGACUGCUCUGCCAACGAUCUCCUAUGUCACGAUCCCCACCGGUGUCACUGGCACAUUCGUUGGAACAUCGACCGUCACCUUGGCUACCACAGGUCCUGGCCAGACGGUGGGCACCGUUCUGUUGCAGACGGCCCUUCCAUCCGUCUCUUACGUGACUGUCCCGACUGGAGCUACCGGCACCUUUACGGGCACUCGAUUCACUACCCUCCCAGUCACUGGCACUGUCGGCACAGUCCUGGCUCAGACGGCGCUGCCAAGCGUCUCCUAUGUCACUGUUCCGACGGGAGUCACCGGCACUUUCGCAGGCACGGUGACAACGACUCUACCAGUCACGGGAUCCGUCGGCACAGUUCUCCUGCAGACCGCCCUGCCUUCCAUCUCUUACGUCACUGUUCCCACUGGCGUCACGGGCACUUUCACAGGCACAGUGACAACUACCCUCCCAGUCUCUGGAAGCGUGGGUACCGUCCUCUUGCAGACCGCUGUUCCAAGCCUCGUCUACACGACUGUUACCUCGGGGAUUACAGGCACAUUCACCGGCACUUCGUUAAUCACCGUCUCAGGCACCGCGGCUACGAGGACAGUCAUCGCCGCGACGGCUCUGCCAUCGAGUACCUCGUACACCACAGUCACUACGGGAGUCCCUGGAAGCUUCUCUGGAACCCGAACUACUACCGUUGGAAAUACGGUGGUGAUGCAAACCCCGCAAAUGACAGUGACCAGAAUCACGACACCGGGCUGCAUCUCAUACACUGCUCCUACUAGUACCGCCGCGGCCAGCGCUUGUCUAUCGCCUGCUCUUGUACCGUCUGCUUGUGCUCGUUUCGAUGGAAAAGGCGGACUUCUUGGUGUCUCUUACACAAUUACUGAUCUCCAGCCUUGCCUCAGUGCUUUGGGAGGCACUGCCAAUCUACCCGGUAUUUCCAGCUGUCUCACGCAAGGUGGUCUCGGUGGUCUGCUUACUCCUCUCUUGGGUGGUCUCUUGGGCUUCAAUUACUAUACCUGUUUCAGGAAUGCACUUGCGGGCGUCUGUCUCCCCAGGCUUCCGACCGUCUGCGGUAACCUUGCAGCCGAUGUUGCCGCUUCUACGGUGCAGGCAGACACCAAAAUCUGCUUGAACCAACUCGGCCUCUUCAAUCAGACUACGGGUGUGGCAAACUGUGCUGUUAAUACAGCCUUGAGCGGCUUGGGUGUCCUCAACUGUCUCGAAGGUAGCCUCGGCCUUCCUAUCAACUCAACAGCUGCUCAGGCGGCGGGCGCGGUUCUUUGUCCCUCGUCGUCUGGCCAAGUCUGUGCUCAAGCUCCAGCAGCUUGUGGUUCCCUUCUGGAUAUCACACUCAGCGCCACCCAAAUCGGGGCGAACCUCAACGCCUGCUCAUUGGGCCAGGUUGUCAAUGUUCUGGGGACCUCCGUGUCGACCUUGACAGGCAAUCUUGGCUGUACCCUUAGCACUACACUCACCGGUCUUUUGUCGACCGUAAGCAGCCUUCUUACGGCACAACAGGCGACGGACCUGCAGACGUAUGCCCAGUGCGUCGCCAAGAACGCCGCUUCAAAGUGUCUCUCGUCACUACCAAGCACUUGCUUGAAUGUGGGGGUCGACGCAACCACAGGGCUGGCCGUUGCCAUCAAUUUCCAAAACCUCCUCGGCUGUGUCACAGACCUUGGUCCUUUGUUGUCGCAAGGCAUCGCUACCGAGUGUCUGAACGCCGCACUGGGCGGCCAAGGCAUCGCCGCGUGCUUGAACUUGCGCAUUUUCGGCCUCGCAACGGUUAAUGUCGCGGCGUGA